UGUUCUCAUACCCACACCAAACAAAAAAUUUUCUUGUACAUUACAUACUUAUAUAAUAUCUAUAUCUUUUUCUAUAUCUAUCUAGCUAGCUAGCUUAUCUACUCUAAUGGGUCCAAGUCUUAUAGAUUUACUUAAUGUGAGAGUGGUUGGUUCUGGCAAGAAAGUGCUAGUCCUGUCUCAUGGGCUAGGCACUGAUCAGUCUGUUUGGGGUCGCAUUUUGCCUUACUUUGAUCGACACUACAAAGUUAUAUUAUAUGACCUUGUGUGUGCUGGUAGUGUUAACCCUGACUACUUUGACUUUGAUCGAUAUAGUACACUAGAGGCAUAUGCUGAUGAUCUUAUUAAUAUACUUGAUUCUCUUGGUGUCGAUCGGUGUUUUUAUGUUGGUCAUUCGCUUUCUUCCAUGAUUGGUAUCCUUGCUGCUGUUCGUCGGCCUAAUUUGUUUUCGAAACUUAUACUUAUUGGUGCUUCUCCUAGAUUCUUAAAUGAUAAAGAUUACCAUGGUGGAUUCGAAGAAGGUGAAAUCGAGAAACUUUUCUUUGCAAUGGAAUCGAAUUAUGAUGCCUGGGUGAAAGGAUUUGCACCCUUGGCCGUCGGUGCUGACGUACCGGCGGCCGUACGUGAAUUCAGUCGGACGUUAUUCAACGUCCGUCCAGACAUUUCACUAUACGUGUCUCGGGUCGUUUUUAAUAGCGAUUUGAGACCCUUGUUAGGGAUGGUCAAAGUGCCAUGUUGCAUAAUCCGAACCCAAAAGGAUGUUUCCGUGCCGGCUUCGGUCGCGACGUACUUGAAGGAUCAUCUAGGGGGUCGAAGCACUGUAGAGGUGAUGAAUGUGGAAGGGCAUUUGCCGCAUCUGAGCGCUCCGGCAUUGUUGGCACAUCAUUUGAACAAAGCCCUUUCUAGAUGAUAUAGAUAUAGAUAUAUAUAUAUAUAUAUGUAUUUUCAUAUCUGGAUGUUUUUCGUACACAAUAAAAAGUUAUAACCGAAACAAAUAGCUACAAUUUGAUCCA